AUAACCACCAGCUUUUAGUGGAUUUAAACAAAUGCAGAAGAAGCUGUCAGUUCAGAGUCAGACGGUCUAUCUUGUCAGUUCCUUGGGUAACAUGUGUAACGUUGACUUUAAAUCAAUGAGGUGGGUUUCUUAAUAAUCUGACAAGGCUCUUUCAAUAGUUUAUUCACAUAUACAACUGAACGCCUCUGUCAGAGCGUCCACAGCACAAACGGUAUCGCAUCUUCCUUGUCAGUCUGUGAGUACCAACCCACACCACUGUCUACUGAUUGCAUUCGGCACGGCAGUCUGCGUUGAUGCUAGCGCGCUGGCUAGGUGGCUAGCCUUUGACUGCUGCGUGGUGGAGGCAAUGAAGCGACCCCCCCAGGCGUGUCUGAUAAAAUCCGUGGUUGGCAGUUUCACUGUCAGCAUUCACCAGAUAGCCCAGUCCUCUCUCUCUCUCUCUCUCCCUCCCUCCCUCUCCCUCGCUCGCUCGACCAGGCACCGCGGUGACGGGCUAGAUUCUACAAUCACCACUCGGAGGAGUGACUACUUGAGCGCUGUAGCUAACCAACCAUGAUAGAGAAGCUUACGAGUCGUGGGGUCACUUUUCUGCUUGAGAACGGAGAAAACUCGACUGCUGCAUUGUAGUCGUAAGCCUCUCUCGUCGGACUGAUUUAAGUGACUGUGCGUUAACAUCAAGAAACCGCAGUAUUUUUUUACUACCGCGUCGUGCCCCUUAAACGAAGACUAUUGGAAGGAAACAUUGAACUUGAAGAAGAAGAAAAUGGGAGCGGAAAGAGAUGUAAUAUAGUCUCAAGUCAGAGGAUAUACUUUCUUGGCACCGGGCAGUCCUUUUGAUUUUUUUAGAGGACACAUGUCUUGGAUGCAAAGGACUAAAAUAUCCCUAUCGCUGAUGUUUUGGAAAGGCACCCACUAAAAUCGGACUACAACAAGACUACCAAAGCGCAUUGUCAUGAAUGAUGGGGUUUGUGGCUUUGUGAAGUGCGUGCAGCUUUUUGUCGUUUGGGACCUAUUUGAAAUUUAUGAAAUUAAUAUGUUUUAACUGCGAAACAUUCAAGUCGACAUCACUCGUUUUGUGAAGAGGGCAUAAUGGAUUUAUCCACACGGAAGUGAGCUUGGCCCGGUCUUCCAGCCCGGUCCUCACAGGCUCCUCAGCGGCCAACGCAACGUCCUCGCUCCCUCCCUCCCCCGUCGGUCCCGUCCCCCCCACUCCCCACCUUUCCACCUGCCUGUGUCUUCAAUGACGUCUGUCCUGGGUGCGCAGCAGCAACAUCAUGGAUGGUUUGGACGUGCCCGUCCCGGCAGGUCCUCCGCAGUGCGUGUUGUCGUCGUUGUCGUCGUUGAACGUCAGUGACUGUCUGCUGUUCUUUUCCAUCUACAAAAGAACACCCCCACUCUCCGUGGUGGGAUCGGCCCCCCUCCUGUGUUACGCAUUCGACAGGAACUGUAACUGUUAACAGGGCCCUUGUUUUUUUUUUAGGGGCCCGACCUGUCUGAACAUCACAGACACAGACACACACCUACACCUACACACACACACACACGCGCGCACACACACGCACAAACCUCACCUCACCUCAGAAACGGCUGCUGCUGUGCUGUGGCACCCCCGUAUCGGUCCUUUCCUGUUACAUCCUCUAAAACCCAACCAUCCCUGGAUUUUUUUGGAGUCGAUAUCUGGAGUUGUGAUACCAGGAGUUGAUAUCUGGAGUUUAUUCUUUUAUCUCUGCUGUGGCCUGUGAAUAACGGUUUGGGGGUGCACAUUUAGAGAUUCCUUCUUCUAAUUUAUUAUUGUUAUUGUGGUUAUAAUUAUUUUACACUGCGUUAAUAUUGUUGUUAUUAUUAUUUGGCGCUGUACGUACGCACAAACGCACAAAACAAGUCGAUUAUUAUCAUAUCGGUUAUUUUUUCGCCCUUCCCUUUUGGUCGCCAAGAUGUCGGAUAAAAAGUCAAACGGCAAAGACCACAAGUUCCUCGCCCCGCCCCCGCCCAAGUCGUCGGUCAACGGCUCUUCCGGGUCGGACUCGCGGGUCGGGGAGAAGGUCGGCGCCGCUGGCCGUGGCGGCGGCGGUGCCGGAUCCGGCUCGGGCUCGGGUCAGGGUCAGCACCAGCCGGUGCGUCGGCGGCGCCACACCAUGGAGCGUGACCCGAAGACCGGCGAGCAGCACCGCUUCUUCCGGCGCAGCGUGAUCUGCGACUCCAACGCCACCGCGCUCGACCUCCCCAGCAAGGCAGUCAGCAUCAUCCUGGCCUCGCCGCCCGACGGGGAACAACCCCCCAUACCCCCCCGCCAGCCCUCCUCCUCCACCUCCACCACCACCUCCUCCUCUGCCACCUCCAUCUCCACCACCUCCUCCUCUACCAUCGCCGCCACCUCCAUCCCGGCACCUGCGCGGGCACUACCGGAGCAGCCCGAGGACGAGGCGGUAUCAGCGUCGUCGAGCAGCACCACCGCUCCCUCCACCACCUCCGCCUCUGCGUCUGCACCUAGCGCUCCUGCUACCGGUGUGUCUUCGCAGCUGGAUGGCGGGAAGCCUCUGGACUCACAGAGUGGACCCACGGCGACCAGUAGCCAGCAGGACGCGAAAGCAGCUGGCGGUGUUGCGACAGCCGAGGUGACCAGCGGUGACAAGACCGCGGCGGCGGCGGUGACGACAUCAGCCACACAGCGGGAGGGCGGCGCCGUCAUCAGCGGCGGAGAAGCAGCAGGAGGAGAGAAGAAGAGCGAGGAGGCGAGGGCUCGGGCGGCGUCGGAGCAGCGCGAGGCGGAGAAGGCGGAGAAGAAGCAGCAGCAGGACGAGAAGGACGAGGAGGUGGAGACCAAGGCGGUGGGCACCUCGCCCGACGGACGCUUCCUCAAGUUCGACAUCGAGAUCGGGAGGGGGUCGUUCAAGACCGUCUACAAGGGCCUGGACACCGAGACCACCGUGGAGGUAGCCUGGUGCGAACUGCAGGACCGUAAGUUGUCCAAGUCUGAGCGCCAGCGGUUCAAGGAGGAGGCGGGCAUGCUGAAGGGCCUGCAGCACCCCAACAUCGUGCGCUUCUACGACUCCUGGGAGGCGCCCUCCAAGGGCCGCAAGUGCAUUGUCCUCGUCACCGAGCUCAUGACGUCCGGCACGCUCAAGACCUACCUGAAGCGUUUCAAGGUGAUGAAGAUCAAGGUGUUGCGCAGCUGGUGUCGCCAGAUCCUGAAGGGGCUCCACUUCCUCCACACGCGCCUCCCGCCCAUCAUCCACCGAGACCUCAAGUGUGACAACAUCUUCAUCACCGGGCCCACCGGGUCAGUUAAAAUCGGGGACCUGGGAUUGGCCACGCUCAAGAGAUCCUCAUUCGCCAAGAGUGUUAUCGGUACCCCUGAGUUCAUGGCUCCGGAGAUGUAUGAGGAGAAGUAUGAUGAGUCGGUGGACGUCUACGCCUUCGGGAUGUGCAUGUUGGAGAUGGCCACCUCUGAGUACCCUUACAGCGAGUGCCAAAACCCAGCCCAGAUAUACCGCAGAGUCACCAGCGGAGUUAAGCCGGGCAGCUUUGACAAGGUGGCCAUUCCUGAGGUCAAGGAGAUCAUCGAGGGCUGCAUACGGCAGAACAAAGACGAGAGGUACUCGAUCAACAUCCUCCUGAACCAUGCCUUCUUCCAGGAGGAGACAGGGGUGCGUGUGGAGCUGGCCGAGGAGGAUGACGGGGAGAUGAUUGCCAUCAAGCUGUGGCUCCGCAUUGAGGACGUGCGCAAGCUCAAGGGCAAGUACAAGGACAACGAGGCCAUCGAGUUCUCCUUCGACCUCAACAAGGACGUGCCCGAAGAUGUCGCCCAGGAAAUGGUGGAGUCUGGCUAUGUGUGUGAGGGCGACCACAAGACCAUGGCCAAGGCCAUCAAGGAUCGCGUCUCUCUGAUCCUCAGCAAGCGCGAACAGAGACUACAGGUGCGACAGGAGCAGGAGAAGAGGAGGUUAGAGGAGGCGGCCCAGAAGGAGGCGCAGCAGCAGCAGCAGCAGCAGCAGCAGCAGCAGCAGGAGGUGCAGAGGAGCGCGGGCCCCACGGCCCAGUCCUCCAUAGAGCUCCCAGAGGAGGGUGACAUAGCAGGAGACACACAACAGCAGCAGCAGCAGCAGCAGCAGCAGUACCAGCAGAGCAUCUCUAUGACCUCGGAGGGUACUGCUGACAGUGGUCAGGGUUCGUCGGCCAUCUUCUCGGACUCCCACCUGAGCCAGGCCAUGUCCUAUAGCUCCGCCCCCGUGCCCCAACAGCAGCAGCAGCAGCAGCCACCGACUGGCCAACCACAGGCCUCCUACCCGCCCCCCACCGCCCCUCACAGCCAAUCACAGCACCCGGCCUACGUGCAGCAGCCAAUGGUAAGUGAGCCCCCUUUUGAGCGACUUGUGUGUGUUUGCUUGUGUUUUUAUAUAUGUGUGUGUUGGCUCUGUUGUCGGGUCUGUGAGUGUGUGUGUGUCUGUGAUUGUGUGUGUGUGUGUGUGUUUACAGUGUGUGUGUGUGUUAAUAUGCCUAUUCCCUUCGCCUGUCUGUAUGUGUGUGUAUUCCAGCCUGCUGUCGCCCCAGCUGCCCGCCGCGGCCGUAGCAUGUCCGUUUGCGUGCCCUGUUCCUCCUCCUCCUCCUACUCCACCCUCCACCACCACCUCCUCCUCUCCGCCCCUCCUCCUCCUCCUCCCUCCACCCAGCUGCCCUUCACCUCCUACACCCCCUCGCAUGGCCACGGUUGGGGACCCUCCUCCUCCCCGCCCGCGCCCUCCUCCCCCCCGACGCCUCCUGUGCCGUCGUUUGGGGAGCCCAACGUCUCCUCCAUGGCGGCGUUCCCGGGGGGCGAUGACGGGGAGACGUUUGCGGGCCGCCUGUCCCGAGCGCUGGAGUGUGUCCUGCCGCUGCAGAACGCGCCCCCCCGCUCACGACCGCGACGCGCCAGCCUCCCCACCCUCUUUGCAAGCCCUCCGACGUCGGUGAGUCUCUCUGCGUUCGCGAGUGCCGUGGGCGGUGGCCCCCCUUCUUCUCAACAACAACAACAGCCCGGGGCCCCCCCUCCUCUGCUCUCCAUGGACCCCCCUCCACCACAGCAACAACCCCAGCCCCAGCCGGGGCCCCCUCCAUCUCUCUUCUACCCCAAUCAGGAGCGCCCGAUCUCCUUCUCGCCCCCUCCCUGCUGCCCUCCCCCCAAGGGCCUGUCCCAGCGCCGCAAGAGCACCUCCAUCCUGGAGGCUCACACACGACACUUCCAGCCCGCGUACCGUACCUACGCCCCUCCUGGGCUGCACCCUUACUCCGCGGCAGCAGGGGGAGCUCUGGGGCCCGAGGCCGGCCUGGACGCGCCCCUCUUCCUGCCCCUUCACCCGCAGGAGGAAACGGUGCGGCGGCUGAGUCUCGGACAGGCUGCGCUCCUGGACCAUUACGAGGCGCUGGCGUCCUAUCACGGCGGGUACACGCUGCACGCUGCCCACUCGCACGCCCACGCCCUCAGUCAGCUGGGCUUCCACCACCUGGCGUACGAGCAGCCGACUGCUGCCUACCUGCACCCUCACCUGCAGGGGCACAUGAGGAUGACACACAGCCCUGUACCGCAGCUGGCCCCACAAAUGACCAUCCAACAGCAGCAGCAGCAACAACAGCAGCAACAACAGACACAACCUCAACAGUCGGCCCCUCCAGGGUCCACACAGCAGGAGGUCUACCAGCCGCACUCCUUCUCCCACUCGGCCCCACCGCUGCUGGCCGAGCCGCCCAUGUUUGACUACCACAUGCACUCGCUGCCCCCGGACCCGGCGCUGCUGGCGCCCAGACUGUACCGCUCGCGGCGCGGCUCCAUGGAGCUCGGGCUGGGGCUGGAGGACGGGGCGGGCGGCGUUGGUGGUGGCGGGAGCGCGCCCAGUAGCCGCCUGCAGCCCGUGACGGAGGAACUUUACAGCUACCUGAGUCCAGAGAUGCCUCUACCACCCGGAAGCCUGCUGCUGCAUCACCCCGGCAACGCUAAGGAGCGCAGCCCCGAUAUGGAACCCUCUAGCGACUCGCUAGCGUCCUCUGAUGCCUCGGAGUUCCACUCCCCACCUCCCCCCUCCUCGACAACGACGGCGGCGGCGGCCAUGCCACCUGCACUGCUGCUGGCACAACACCGCCCCUCUAUGGACGCCUCGGCAGCCCAGGCCAUCCCGCUGCCGCACCCGUCCUACGAGGGCCUUCCUGGGGGGACCCUGGACGCCGGACACCCCCCGAGCCAGACCGCCUUCCUGGAGCCUCCUCCUGCCGGAUCUCAGCUGCCGCCCCCUCUGCUGGCCAACCUGCUGCACUGCGGCUGGGCGCGCGCCGCCGAGCUCAUGUACCACGAUCUGCCUCCCGUCGGGCCCACGCAGGGAUCCUCUCUGGUCUCUGUUCCUCCGUGUUCCUCUGCUCCAGCGGUGGUCCCCAGCUCCCAAACAGCUGCAGCAGUACCACAGCAACAGUAUGGAGGUUACUACGUCCAAGCCAUCCCCUCACAGGUGCCCACCAGCCAACCGGCCGCCACCGUGCCUGUCCAGCAGCAGAGCAGCCUCCCUCCACAGAGCAGCACACACACUCCUGCCGCACAGACGUGUGCCGGUGCUCAGGCUCCGCCCGUUGCUGCGGUGCAUGUUGCCGUGACGCCGGUUCCCAUGGCGACCACCCCUGCGACCUUUGUCACCCCCGUGCUGCCGCCUUCCGCGUCCGUGGCGGCGCCGUCGGCACCAGGCUUGGCCCAGCGGCAGGCAGCAGCGGUGGCCAUGGCACCACAGUUGACCCAAAACAAAAUUCCGGCUCAGCCCACCCCAACGCCUCUCCCAAUAAUGACCACCUCCUCGAUGGCUCCAGUCCCUCCGUCUGCCCAAAAAACAGUCCCAGUUGCAACAAUGGCUCCAUUGGUUCCUAACCCAGCCACAAUGGUGCAAAUGGCUCCAGGUCCAGCCACAAUGGUGCACAUGGCUCCAGGUCCAGCCUCAAUGGCCCAAAUGCCUCCUGUCUCUUCAGUCCCAGUGCCCCGAUUGUCACCAGUGCCCUCAAUGGCUCCAGUUGCACUGGCCCAGAUGGUUCCAGUGGUACCAGGGCCAGCUGCUGCUGUAAAGUUCCCCAAUAUGCCCCAAGUGGUGGUGCCCCCUGUUGGUGUGGGGGUAUCAGUGCCUUUCUCCUCUCCCCCUCCACCACCAGCAGUAGCAGCAGUAACAACUGUUGUGCCUUCAGGUGGGGUUGCCACUGUAAAGGCCACACCACCACCCACAGCCCACCCUCACCCGCCCCCUAUGCAAAUGGCCCCACCCAACACUGCUGCCACCUUGCCCCAGAAGCCCAUUGCUCCUCAUCCUCCUCAUCCUCAUCCUCUUCCUCCUCAGCAAAUGGUGCCCCCAAACGCCCUACCCCAGAAAGCAACACCCACCACCACCACUACAGCUACUUUGCCCCAGAAGGCCCAGCCCUCUGCUCAACCGGCUCCUCAGCCUGGGUCUUCAGAGCAGGCCCAACUACAGCUGCCUAUAGUCACCUCGUCCGUAGAGAGUGGCCAGUCUGACGUGGCGUCCGGCCUGAGUGACGGUAACGAGGGCGGCAUGGCGUCCAGCGGGCGGCACGAGGGGCGGAGCAUCAAGAGGGACCGCAGACGCUCCGUACGCAGCCGCUCACGACACGGAACACUGGGGAAGGCCAAACUCAACGUCCUUAAUAUCUCCAAUAUUGGCGACCGUGUGGCGGAGUGCCAGCUGGAGACUCACAACAGGAAGAUGGUGACCUUCAAAUUCGACCUUGACGGAGACAACCCUGAGGAGAUCGCAGAGAUUAUGGUGUUGAGUGAGUUCAUCCUUGAGAGUGAGCGGGAGUCCUUCAUAGAGCAGGUGAGGGAGGUCAUCGAGACAGCCGACGAGAGAGGCCUGGAGAGAGAAGCCGGCCAGGUAUACACACACACACACACACACACACACACACACACACACACACACACACACACAGAGGACUGGAGAGAGAGAGGACUGGAGAGAGAAGCCGGACAGCCUCCUGACCAUGAACAGCAAUCCCCAGACUCAACUACAAACCCCACAGGUGUGCAGUCCAGUCUGGGUACCCAGGUGGUCCACUCGGCAGGCCGCAGGUUCAUCGUGAGCCCCGUGCCCGAGUCACGCCUCCGAGAACAGUUCUUCAGCCCCACCAGCCCUCCCCUCGCAGAGGACUCAGCCUCCGCAGCUCCAGGUCUGGGCUUGUCCCAGUCUGCGUCGGCGGUGAGUCUUCAGCAGGCCUUCAACGAGAUGCGUCAGGGAGGGCAGGCCUACGACCCGGGCCCCAGCACCGCACCCCCCACCCUGCACCCCACCACCACCCCUCAGAUACCCCCCACCUCCACCACCACCAUAGUCGCCGUGGCAACAGUGCCCGAACCCGCUCUCGCUCCUGCUCCCGUCCCCACCGCUGCUCCAACUCAGCCGCCACCCUCCACCUCUCCUUCUCUUCCCUCCAUAUCCCUCUCUUCCUCCUCCGCUGCUGCCCCCUCCUCCGCUACCCCCUCCACCACCACGGCUCCCUCCUCCUCCUCCUCCUUCCCUCCGUCGGCCCAGACUGCCCCCCAAACAGCCCCCCCUCCUGCCCAGCCAUCCUCCGUCUCAUCUCCCCCCUCCUCCUCCUCAGCGGUGGUGGCUCCCGCUCCUGUUGCCUCCUCCACCACCUCCUCUACUACUCCACCUCCUGCUCCUGUAGUGUCCACAGUCACCUCCUCUUCCUCUGGUCCUGCUCCUUCUCCGUCAUCGUCUGACGCCACCACCCUUCCUCCUCCAUCAACAUCAUCAUCAUCAUCAGUGCCAGGAGAGAUGCCACCUACUGCCUCUAAUGCCUCUGCUGCUACUGCUGGUGGGGUGCCCACCACUGCCACCCCGGCUGCCACGCAGGCCCCCCAGACCAGCUCUGGUGAUGCUGGUAGUGCCACUACUCCGUCCACAUCCACCCAGGCCCAGGUGCCUCCGUCCAUGCAGUCUGGUUCUACCACCCCCGUGGCAGCGGGGCAGCCCAGCACCAGCCCGGGCCAGACGCAGACGCACAUACACACCGCCCAGUGCCUGGCACAAGCUCAAGGUCAGCCACCACAACAGGGGGCGCCACACGCACACUGCCCCGACUGUGAAGUGGCGGCGGCGGACGCACAGGCCAAGGGGGCGUCGGGCAGCCCGGGCAUCGAGGACAUCCACGCGCUGGACAAGAAGCUGCGCUCGCUGUUCGACCUCAGCUCCGGCCCCCAGAACGCCUCCACAGACGGCCUACCCUCCGAUGCUCCCAGCGGGGCAACCGGAACCUCCUCCCCCACCGGGUCCAUCAUCGCUGGUGGUGGUGGUGGAGGUAGCGGGAGUGGAGGGGCCCCUGUGCCUCCAUCUAGCCUCCCCCUGUCUGGGGCAGCGCAGCCGGGGACCCCCCUCGGCACCCCCGGGCCCUCCUCCACCACGCCUGCCUCCGGAGGGUACGCGCAGGGCGGCACGCCCGCCAAAACACCCCUCUCCAGAGUACCGGGUCUGCCUGACCAGGCUGGGACUCCGCCCACUGAGUACCUGCCGCCCUUCCCAGGACCCGCCCUAGUGCAGUCCCAGCAGCCUCUUGAGGAUCUUGAUGCCCAGUUGAGGAGAGCGUUGAGCCCAGAGACCGUUCCAGUCAUCCCUCAGGCCGCGUCUGGAGCCCCCUCUGGUGGACAGCCAGUGACCAGCCUGGAUGGAGAAGUGGCUCCUGCACCGGCAGCCUUCACCUGUGGCAGAUUCCAGGUCACCGUGGCAACCGAGGUUGGUGGCGCGUCCCAGGCCAGACGCGGCUCCUCCGACUCCUCCACCACCUCCUGCUCCUCCACCUCCUCUUCCUCCUCCUCCUCCUCCUCUCUGUCCAGCCCGGAGAACACGCUGCACCGCUCCUCUGGCCUGCGUCGUCCUCAGCUUAGUGACGAGGUGGACAUGGCACCUCCUCCACAGCACCACCUCCCCCCAGCCUCCUCCUCCGCCACCUCCUCUCCUGUGCCCCCCACCACCACCAUCGGCCGCUUCCUGGUCACCUCCUCCACCUCUGCUCCUGCUUCCAUGGCUGCCAUGGCAACUGGAACUGAUGCCAACGGCAACAACACGCGCCUGGGACGGUUCUCAGUCACCCGUAGUCCCGAAGAGCCCGCUGUUGCCCCCGUAACAACAACAACAACCACCACCACCGCUGCUGUGCCCAUCGUCCCCGGUAACCACCUGCCCUCGUCGCUAGGCAACGGACCGCCCGUCCCCACGACGAUGGGGGUGCCGAGCCCCGAGGGGCGGAGCCUGAACAACUCGUACCUGAGCAGUGACAACGACUCGGAGAUGGAGGACGAUGACUUCAAACGGGAGAUCGGACGACUACGAGACAAACACCUGCGUGAGAUCCAGUCGCUGCACCUGCGUCAGAAGGAGGAGAUUGACUCGCUCUUCACGCGGCUCGGCAAAGCCCCGCCCACCAACCUCAACCCGCCCCUCGUGGCCCCGCCCGGCCGACGCAGACGCCCCACCAAGAGCAAGAGCAGCAAGUCCAGCCGGAGCAGUCAGCAGUCAGCGAGCACCCUGUCUGCCCAGAGUGCCCCGGCAGUCUACCCCUCCCCAGGGGAUCUGCUGCCCCCCUCUGGCCUCUCUGACGGGGCCCUGACUGGGCACGGGGGGCACGGGCAUCCCCUGGGGCACCUGCCCCUCAAGGCCUCCCCCUCCACAGACCUGCUCUGCUCCGCUUACACCAGCGACGCCGCCCUCAGCAUACACACGCAAGGCUGUGUGAAGUUUAGCUGUGGGGCCGAGAGGGUGACCUUCAAGCCAGUUGGCAGGAGGACGCGCUUUCUGACGCCCACGGUCCACAGCAACCAACCAACGCCACACCAACCACCCCCACACCAAUCAACCAACCACACCCCCACUGUCCACACCAACCAACCCCAACCCCACACCAACCACAACAAACCCACCCCCACCCCCACCCCCACCCCCACCCCUGGUCUUAGCCCCCUGGAUGGUGGUCUAUGUAGCACGGCGGCUCGUCUGAACCCCACCCCCCCAAUCAACCAACCACACCCCCACUCUCGUUUGACUCCCACACCCCCACUGUCCACACCAACCAACCCCAACCACACCCCCACUGUCCACACCAACCAACCCCAACCCCACAACAAACCCACCCCCACCCCCGGUCCUCUUAACCCCCUGGAUGGUGGUCUAUGGACGAGCAGUACUACCGGGGUGAGCGGCCCGGGCCCAGGCCCGACGGUGGCUCAGGGGGGGCCCCCCUCGAGCGGCGCCAGCGUCCCGCCAGCUGGGGCCCUGGGGCCCCCCCACUCCAACCCCAACGCCAACUCCAACUCCCUCCCCAGCGCCCAGAGCCGCAAGGGCACCUUCACCGACGACCUCCACAAGCUGGUGGACAACUGGGCACGAGACGCCAUGAGCCUGUCACAGGGCAAGAGGCAUACCGCCAAGACACAAGAGGUGCUCCCUCCGGUCAACAUGGGCCGUAAGUUCUCCGCUCCGGGCCAGCUGUGCCCCGGCCUGGGCGGUGGUGGGGGCUCGUCCUCAUCCCUGGGGGGUGCCGCCGCCGCCCCCUCGUCCGCUACCUCGCUGGGCACCCGCAAAGGCUCCAUGUGCUCGGCCACCAGCGCCAACACCAUGCCCCCCCUUGUGGGGGUCGGGGUCGGGGUUGGGGUAGUUGGCUACCCCACACACCCACACUCACACACGUCUGCACCUUACUCCAGCACGGGGUCGUCCUCCGCCUGGCCCCCCCCUUACUCCUCCUCCGUCUCCUCGGUCACCGCGGCGGCGACGGGCCUCCUGGCCCCCACCUCGUCCAGCAGUACCCCUCAGAUGCCCCCGCUCCAGACCUCCUCUGCUGUCGUCUCCUCCUCCAGCGUUGCUACGACAACCAACCCCAUGCAGCCCUUCCACCACACGCACGCCCACGCGCAUACGCACGCACUGCCCCUGCAAAAGGCCGUGGCAAACCAAGCGGGCGGCGCCAACAUGCGGACCACAUAAGGGGCCCCAGUUGAACGGGGCCGUGACGUGAUGUGCGCUUACAUGCUUUGCUCACCAGGUGGCGCCAAAAACAACCUCACACCCACCAACCAUCACCAUUAUCACCAUCAUUACUAAGCCACCACGAGGGGUGGGCACUGAGAGGACACACAGGCUGGCAAGGACAAAGGAUGGACGGAGAGACGGAUGGACGGACAAAAGCAUGGACGGACGGACAGAUAGACUGAUUCAAAGGACUAGUGAUUGCCCAGCUAUUCUGUUUUUCCUCCUCGAAAGGCUGGAGCUAAGACUAUGUGUGUGAGCACGAGAGAGAAAAAGAUUGAGAAAGUGUGCGUGUGUGUGUGUGUGAUACAGCAAGUAUGUUGUCCUCAAGGCCAAAGGCCCUCCUCUCCUCCUCCUCUCCUCUCCACUCUGUCUGCCCCCCUGAAGCUGGAAAAGCAUAUGAUGGGAUGGAUCCCCUCCCCGUCACCAUGGAUACAGAGGUGUGUUGGUUGGUUGGUUGGCGCUGAGCAGAGACUUACGGACGGAGACACACACACACACACACACACACACACACACACACACACACACACACACACACACACACACACGUGUGCAAAUGCAAUGCAACGUUCUGUUCUGCCGCCAAAGAAGAAAGCAGGAACGGGAUUGGUGGACUGGAAUGGCUUCACUCUGAUCUGAUAGGCUGUGAGGAUCGAAACUCCACCUACCCUUUAGUAUGGGGUUGGAGAGGGGUUGGUUUUAUGAUUUAUAUAGUGAAUGUUGGCAAUGAGGUGUGUGUGUGCG